AUGUCUUGCCCAUUCCACCACCCCUCGUCCCCUCCUGCCAAGCCCCAAGGGGAACACCCCCCAAAGGCCGAUGCCGACGCCGACGCCGACGCCGACGCGGGCGAGGGUGAGCCCAUCCCGCACCCGCCCGAGAAAUGGCUCGUCGGCAACAUCCAGGAGCUAGACCCGUCCUUUGCCGUCAGCUCCUUCUGGCGCCUCGCCGAAAUCUACGGCCCCAUCUUCUCCCUCAAUCUCGUCUCGCGCAAAGUAGUCAUUGUAUCCAACUUCGAGCUCAUCAACGAGGUCUGCGACGACUCUCGCUUCGAAAAGUUUGUCAGCGGUCCGCAGGAGAGCGUCCGCGUUUUUGUCAAGAAUGGCCUGUUUACUUCCUAUGGCGACGAAGAGGAAUGGGGCAUUGCGCACCGGACGCUGCUGCCCGUCUUUGGGCCCAUCCACGUGCGGCAGAUGUUCUCGCAGAUGAUGGACAUACUGUCCCAGAUGGUCUUCCGCUGGGAUCGCUUCGGCCCUGACAACCGCAUAAACUGCACCGACGAAUUCACCCGGCUCGCGUUCGACGUGAUCGGUCUCUGUGCAUUCAACUUCCGCUUCAACGCCUUCUACGGCGACGACAUCCCGCUGUUCGCCAAGCAGAUGGCCGAGACGCUCGUCGAGGCCGGCAAGCGGUCGAGCCGCCUGUCCAUCGAGAACCAGCUGCGCUUCCAGAGCAAGAACCACAUGAUGGACAACAUCCACGCCAUGUGGAAGGUGUGCGACGACAUCGUGGCCGAGCGUAAGGCGAAUCCCCGCCCAGACGUCAACGACAUCCUCAACGUCAUGCUCCACGCCAAAGACCCCGUCACCGGCAAGGGCUUUACCGACGAGAACAUUCGCUACCAGAUGGCGACCUUCCUGGUCGCCGGCCACGACACAUCGGCAGGCACGCUGAACUUUCUGUGGUACAACCUGCUGCACCACCCUAAAGCGCUGCAGAAGUGCUACGCCGAGGUCGACGCCGUGCUGGGCGACCGGCCGCUCGAGCUUGAUGACGUGCCCAAGCUCGAGUACAUCGAGGCGUCGAUCCGAGAGACGCUGCGGUACCUGGGGCCGAUCCCAGCCCUCACUCGCCACGCCAAGGGCGGCAAGACGGUGCUGCUGGGCGGCAAGUACAAGGUCGGCCCUAGCGACGCCAUCAUCGUCAACCUCAAGGGCCUGCACCACGACCCGGCCGUCUGGGGCGACGACGUCGACGAGUUCAAGCCCGAGCGCUUCCUCGACGGCGGCUUCGAGCGCCUGCCCCCCAACGCCUGGCGGCCCUUCGGCACUGGCGUUCGGUCCUGCAUCGGCCGCUACCUGGCCGAGCAGGAAAUCACCAUGGCCGUGGCCCUGAUCCUGCAGCGCUUUGUCAUUGAGGCGGCCGAUCCCGACUACCAGCUGAAGGUCAAGCCGACACUGACCAUCAAGCCGGACGGCUUCUUCAUCAAGGCGCGCCGCCGCCCCGGCAAAGAUCACCUGUUCACCUUCACCAGUGGGCCGGCCCCCCCAACACCCCAGCCAGCCACCGACAAGCCCGACACCAACAACAGCAGCGGCAAGCCCAUGGCCAUCUACUACGGCGGCAACACGGGGACGUGCAAAUCGUUCGGCGAGGACCUGGAGACGGCGGCGCCCAACUACGGGCUGGCGGUGCCACUGCAGGUGCAGAGCCUGGACGACGCCGUCGAGAACCUGCCGCGCGACCGGCCCGUCGUCAUCAUCGCGUCGUCGUUCGAGGGCCUGCCCGCAGACAACGCGCGCAACUUUGUCGCGUGGCUCGAGGCCCGCGCCGCUGCACCCGGCAAUUCGACUCUAUUAAACGGCGUCGAGUACACCGUCUUCGGCGCGGGGAACCGCGACUGGGCUGCCACGUUCCACCGCGUGCCGCGGCUCAUCGACGGGCUGCUCGAGCAGCUGGGCGCUACACGCCUAUUUCCGGCCGGGUUUGUUGAUGUUGGUCGUGAUAUUGUCGGGCCGUUUGAGGAGUGGAAGGCCGGUCUCUUUGCGCGGCUGCGCGAGGUUGGGGGUGUCACGGCUGCGGUUAAGACGGACGAGAUGCGUGUGGAUAUCUCGCACCCUGAUACGCCGUCGAAGCUCGCGGGCGAGCCUGUUUCGGAGGGCCUCGUGCUGGUGAAUAAGGUCCUCGCUGAGCAGGGCGCCGGCCCCGAGAAGCGCCAGAUAAACGUGCUGCUGCCGCCGGGGGUUGAGUAUCGGAGUGGCGACUACCUCGCCGUCCAGCCCUUCAACCCGCGAGAGUCGGUCGCCCGGGUGCUGAACCGGUUCGGGCUGCACCCCGACGACCUGGCCACGGUGACAGGCACCACCAAGGAGCACCUCAAGUCACCCGCCAACAGCCCCGUAUCCGUGUACGAGCUGAUCAGCACGCGCGUCGAGCUGGCUACGCCGGCGUCGCAGCGGCAGGUCGCCACACUCGCCAGCCUGUCGCAGGGCGCCGACGUAGAGCGCCUCGGCGCGCUGGCCUCGGACGACGCGCUCUACAGCAAGGAAGUGCUCGGCAAGCGCUUCUCCACCAUCGACCUGCUCGAGGACUUCCCGUCUUGCGCCCUCUCCUUCGCUAGCUACCUCGACAUGCUCUCGCCACUGGCGCCGCGGCAGUACUCCAUCUCGUCGUCGCCGCUGGCGCAGCAGGCCGUGCCCGCCGCCUCGACCACUUUCUCCUCCACCACCACAUCCCCUCAGGACAAAGCCAGCCUGACCGCGACACUGACGUACGACGUCUACUCCGGCCCGUCCCUCAGCCACCCAUCGGUCCACUUCCGCGGCGUCGCAUCCAGCUACCUCGCCUCCUUACUCCCAGGAUCCCGCCUGCGCUGCUUCGUACGCGGCACCAACGCGGCGGCCAAGUUCCGGCUGCCGGCGGACCCGACGGCGCCGGUGAUCAUGGUGGCCGCCGGCACGGGCAUCGCGCCGAUGCGCGCCUUCAUCCAGGACCGCGCGGCCAUCGCGGCCGCGCGCCCCGGCGGCGCGCGGGCUGUCCUCGGCCCCGCGUUUCUGUAUUACGGCUGCCGCGACCAUGCGUCGGAUUUCUUGUAUGCCGACGAGCUCGCCGCGUGGCAGGCGCAGGGCGUCGUCAAGGUCCGCGUGGCGUUUUCGAGGAACCCUCCCCCUCUUUCCCUAGGAUCUGAUGGUGAUGAUGAGGGCCAGCAGUACGCGCACGGCCACGUCGACGAGCUGCUGUGGCGCGACCGCGAUGUGUUGAGGCCGCUGUUCCGUGAUCAUGCGGAUGCGCGCAUCCUUGUUUGUGGUAGUGCGGCGAGGCUCGGCCGCACGACGGCCGAGACGUGUCUCAAGAUCUACCAGGAGGCGCACCCGGACCAGACGCGCGCGCAGGCUGAGGUGUGGCUGCAGCGGCAGAAGGAGGAUAGGUAUGUUAGCGAUGUUUUUGGCUAG